CACACUGUUCUUUCUUCAACCAUGGAAAUUCCUGUAAUCGACAAAAUCAAAGAUGUUCAUAUGGGUUUCGCCUCUCUCCAAAAUCCGUCUCUUUCUUUUUCUGGGGUCCAAUCUGUUUCCUUCGCUUACACUUUCUGUAAAUGGGGUGCUCUGAUUCUAAUUCUCGCUCUCGUCGCUACUUUGGACGUUCGAUCAAUAAGAUCAAAGUUCUCAUCAUCACAUUCCGUCGCCACAGUCCUCCUCUGCCUUCCAUCCCUCUUCUCAACGGCGACGAUUACUCUAGCUCCGACUACGAAGAGGAGGAGGAAGAAAUCAGCUCGUCGUCGGAGUUUGAAGAAGAAGAUGAUGAGGAGGAUGAAAAGACAAUGUCUUCGUCUUUGAGUUCCUUCCAUUGGCGCGUAGUGGAUGAAGAUUGCAGAAUUCGAGGCUCCGGUCACCAAAUCGAUGACCGGUUGCAGAGCGGUAGUGUUAAGCUUCGACGACGUCGUAGCAUCAGGGACAUUUUCUCGCUGUCGGAAAUCGUCAACAGCAAGAGCGUCGUCAAACUGUGGGACAACAUAGGAUUUGGGUUGGGUUUAGAUUUCGAUGAUGGUGAAAUCUACGCGGGAAGCUUGACCCGGCCGCCGGCGGCGGCGGCGGCGGCUGCGUCCAGUUCACCUCCAGCUGUGGUUUUGUCCGCCGACAAAAACGCAUCUGGUAAAACUGCUGUGAAGAUUUGGGACAGUCGUCUCCGGCGAAGGUUACCGGCGGUGAUUGCCGAGUGGGGACCGAACCUGGGCAAGAUCGUCGGGGUAGGAUUCGGCGAAGUCGAGAAGUUUUAUGUCAGAGAUGACGUACACGAUGACGUGACUGUUGGAGACCUGAGAAAUGUUAGGUCGCCGUUACAACGUGUAACGGAAUCUGACACGGAUACAUGGUGCGACACCGACGCCGUUAUUGUUUCCGCUGAAACUUAGGAUUAAAAAAAAUUAUAAAUGGCAGUUUAGUAGAAUAGUUGCUGUAAUUUAGCAAAAAUGUUUGUUUAUAUAUUAACUUGUGCUUAA